CCCCCCCGUCCCGGAGCUCCUCCUCUUUUCUCAGGGGGAGGGGUUGCUUUUGGCGGUUUGGCUCCGCCUGGGCAGCCCAACCCGACGGGCACCGAGCGGCGCGGCGCGGCGAAUGAAUAAGGGGCUGCGGAGCUGUCGCGGCGGCCCCCGGAGCGGAAGGGGCGCCGUUGGGCGCUGAGGUAACCAGGAGGUCUGUCGCCGGAGAUUCGGGAUUGCUUUGAAAUUGCCUCAAUCUCGUAGAAAACCCAGCUGCAUGUAAUUGAACUGAAACUUUCUACCUCCUUCUGGCUCCAGCGCUAUUCUAGUGUGUGUCCUUGUUGCAGCUCACAAACUAAACCAUGCCAGCUUUAUCAACUGGAUCUGGAGGUGACACAGGUUUGUAUGAGCUGCUGGCUUCAUUGCCAGCCCAGCUGCAGCCACAUGUGGACAGCCAGGAAGACCUGACCUUCCUCUGGGAUAUGUUUGGUGAAAAAAGCCUUCAUUCACUGGUAAAGAUCCAUGAAAAACUGCAUUACUAUGAAAAACAGAGCCCUGUGCCCCUGUUGCAUGGCGCAUCAGCCUUGGCAGAUGAUCUGGCUGAAGAGCUGCAGAGCAAACCACUAAACAGUGAGAUCAGAGAAUUGUUGAAACUACUGUCAAAACCCAAUCUCAAGGCUUUGCUUUCUGUGCAUGAUACUGUUGCCCAAAAGAACUAUGACCCAGUGCUGCCUCCCAUGCCUGAUGAUAUUGAUGAUGAAGAAGACUCUGUGAAAAUAAUCAGGCUAGUGAAAAAUAGAGAACCGCUGGGAGCUACUAUUAAAAGGGAUGAACAGACUGGAGCUGUUGUUGUGGCUCGAAUAAUGCGUGGAGGUGCUGCAGAUAGAAGUGGUCUCAUUCAUGUUGGCGAUGAACUUAAGGAAGUUAAUGGAAUUCCUGUAGAUGAUAAAAAACCAGAAGAAAUUAUACAAAUUCUGUCCCAGUCGCAAGGAGCCAUUACAUUUAAAAUUAUACCCAGUAUCAAAGAAGAAACUGCAUCUAAAGAAGGAAAGAUCUUCAUGAAAGCUCUGUUUGACUAUGAUCCCAGUGAGGAUAAAGCAAUUCCCUGUAAAGAAGCUGGACUUCCUUUCAGAAAAGGUGAUAUUCUUCAGAUCAUGAGCCAGGAUGAUGCAACUUGGUGGCAAGCCAAGCUUGAAGGUAAUGCCAAUCCCAGGGCAGGCUUAAUUCCUUCAAAGCAUUUCCAAGAAAGGAGGCUUGCACUAAGAAGAUCAGAUGUACAGGUUCAGCCCUUGAAAGUUUCCAAUAGAAAAUCAUCUGAGGAAACAGUUGAGUGUGAGGAAGCUGAAUGUGCUGGUCACAACAGUGGAGCCCACAUAGCUGGUUUCAGGAGGAGUUUUCGUCUCAGCAGAAAAGAUAGAAAAACAAACAAGACUAUGUAUGAAUGCAAGAAGAGUGAUCAGUACGAUACAGCAGAUGUCCCAACUUACGAAGAAGUAGCAAAGUAUAGACGACAGCCCAAUGAGAAAUACAGACUUGUUGUCUUGGUUGGGCCUGUGGGUGUAGGAUUAAAUGAACUUAAACGGAAAUUGUUGAUCAGUGAUACUCAGCAUUAUGGUGUAACCGUGCCACACACAACAAGACCAAGAAGAAGCCAAGAAAGUGAUGGCAUUGAGUACAUCUUUAUUUCCAAGCACUUGUUUGAGACAGAUGUCCAGAACAACAAGUUUAUUGAAUAUGGGGAAUAUAAAAACAAUUACUAUGGAACCAGCAUAGAUUCGGUUAGAUCUGUUCUGGCUAAAAAUAAAGUUUGUUUGUUAGAUGUACAACCUCAUACAGUAAAGCAUUUAAGGACAUUAGAAUUUAAACCGUUUGUCAUCUUUAUAAAACCUCCUUCAAUUGAGCGUUUGCGAGAAACGAGAAAAAAUGCCAAGAUAAUUUCAAGCAAGGAUGAAAAAGGUGCUGCCAAGCCUUUUCAAGAGGAAGACUUUCAAGAAAUGCUUAAAUCAGCACAAAUUAUGGAAAGCCAAUACAGCCACCUUUUUGACAAAGUUAUAGUAAAUGAUGAUCUUACUACAGCUUACAAUGAGCUGAAAACAACCUUUGACAGACUGGAGCGAGACACCUUUUGGGUUCCAGUCAGUUGGGUGCAUUCAUAACACUAAACAAAUAAAAUGUUUCAUAAUAUUUUAAUAAGGUACUCAGUUGGAUCUAAAUGGACAUUUUGUUGGUGGGAAGCUUUUCGAGCUUUGGCAAACUGGUGCAUUUACAAACUUGGUGCAGUGGAAUGUUGAUCUUAUUUUUCUGUGUGUAAACCUUCCUGUUUGGAAUAGGGGUUCGGAGGCAGAAUAUCACAGUGAAGCCUUAUUUUUUACCAGAUUCAAUUUUACUGGUUUUUGAAGUGAAUCUUCAGCUAUUAUGAUACCACAUUUCAUCAAUCCAGUAUGAGAUAUCCUUUAAGCUGAGCAUUGAUAUUAAAAAGUCUUAAGGUCUGAUAUCAGUGUUUAAGUAGCUUCCAAUUUUGCUACUUCCAGACCUGGAUAAUAGUUAGCACUUGAAAUUUUUAAAACUGGGGAUGCAAAAGUGGCUACUACUUCUUUAACUAAAAUACAAAUAUUUGAACUUGCUUACGCUCAAUCCGAAUUUUGUGUGUGUGCUGAGUAUUGUCUUCCACAUCCAGACUGACUUUUACCACAACAGCAAAUUUUAUUUAUGUUGGUGGAAAAACUUUCUUGGAUCUUUUCAAUAAGCAAUAAUAUUGCUCUGCAUCUUGAGUAUUUGUAGAUUACCCUUGGGGAGUAUUCAAAGCAGUGCAUCAAAGCUUAGAUUGGGGUAAUUCUAACAAAGAUAACAGGGUGGAGGGUUAGUCUUUGGGAAAGAGGCAGUUGGGUAAAUGGAUUUUAUUUAUAUAAGUGUUUCAUUGUUUUAAUUAUAAACCUUUCUAAAACAACCUUUGAGAAAACCCAGAACCUAUUUUUUUAUUUGAAAAUUUGUAAUUAAAACUAGUGGAUCAUUCUCAUUUUACACUGACCCAGAGCUGUGUUUUCUGGAAUGGAGAAAGUAUUUUUUUUUGCUUCUUGAUUUCCUCUUGACACAAAGUUUAUUAGUAGAUGAAAAGAGAAAUACUUGUUGUGUUCAAGCGAAUUUGCCUUUCCAAUUUAUACGUGACAGUGAUGUAUCAGAGACUUAGUAUGCAAACAGGAAGUCCAGUUAUUUUAUGUUAAUGUAUAAAAGGGUUAGCUGUCUUACUUAAAGGCAAAAGAAUUUAGUGAGACUAUAUAUAUUUAUGAAAAGGGGUGAGAAGGGAUAUAUUAAUUUUUUGCAUUUCUUGUCAAUGUGAUCAUUUAUUAAACAGAUCCCUAGGUGUCUGUGAUUUGAAACACUGGCUUUAUAAACUCAACAUUCCAUGUAAAUGUUUUAGUUUCGAUACAGAUAAACCACCAGGUCUUUGCAAAUGUAGUCUAAAUAGAUGGUUGGUUUUUUGGUUCAUUGCAUUCAUGUUUUAAAAUUGUGUAAUACAAGGGAAGUGCCAACAACCAAAAUAUCGUCUUUUGGAAACAUUUGUGCUAGAGUGACGCAUGUAGCCUGGCCCUGAACAUCCAUCAUGUAAUGUUGAGUGUCUCAGGUUUUACUGUUUUUGGUGAUCUAUGGUUGUACUUCAGCACCAAUUAAUUGCAUGAAAAAUACUGAACUGGAUCCCCUCCCUCCCGGCUGUGUUUCAGUACUGCUUUAAAUAAAUCACCGUGGUUGUUUGUUUGUUUGGCAGGCAUUAUGUGUCUUUGACAUUCAGUGCAUACUGCAAGAGCCAGUGCCAAGAAUGCUGGGUAUCAAUAUCUACAUUUUGUAUAUGAGAGGAUCAAAACACUUGUUUAGAAAUACAUUUGUCCUGUUUGUCAGUUAUAGUUUGUGAGACUAUUCUUACCAUAGAUUUUUCUUGAAAACAAGGGAAAAUUGGGCAUAUAGGUUUCCAACGUUGUGACAUCCCAGAAUGCAAUUUGGGAGGAAACACUCUCCUUUUCAUCCUGAUUGUCACUCCAAAGACAGCAUUUCGGCACUGUGCUGUUACUGGCAAUAAUUGAGACUAUUAAUCUUUGUAAGCUUCCCAUGUUCUUUUUGUCAAGAGAGAAUUUACUAUCCUUUGAGUUUACUAGCUUUGAAGCAGCAACUGAGUCUGCAGUGACCUUGGACACCUUUGUUUUAAUAAGAGCAUGAUCCAAAAAGCUCUGGAGCUUUGCAUAAGUAGGAGCUGCCUGUCCUCUCCAAUGCUGCGGCAUGUUCUAUGUGUGCACACUGAAACUGUGUGGAGCCUUGGAUCAUACACAUAGCAUGGAUAUAGUUCAGAUAAACUUAAGUCAAUUUUUGGCUCAAAGUGAAAAUGACUUAUUUCAGCCUUUUAAAAUUGUACUGCAUGGGUUUGAGUACAAUGGUUUCAUGGUUUUAAAUAUAAAUAUCCUUAUUGUAUUUUUGCUGUUUUGUCAUUGUAAAGCAAAUGUUAAAAGUUUUUAUACUAUUGGAUUCAGAGCAAUACUUGAAGUUGUCAUCAGUUCACUUACAGAUGAUGUGCCUGAAUUGCAACUUUAUCAAUCUUAAAUCAAUAAAUUAUUGACAAAA